GCUAUUAAAACUUUCUGUAUUAAAAGUUAUUCAUAAACCACUGCAUUCUUGGCUCCGUUGCUGUUCACUUUUCAUCUCCUCUCUCUCACUCUCAAAACACAGCGAGAGUCUGAGAGAGAGUGAAAAUGGUGAUGUGGGUAUUUGGAUAUGGAUCUCUAAUUUGGAAGCCUGGCUUUAACUAUGAUGAUCGCCUUGUUGGUUUCAUCAAAGGCUAUCGCCGUGUCUUUUAUCAAGGCAGUACUGAUCACAGAGGGACACCAGAAUUUCCAGGUAGAACAGCGACACUGGAGCCAGCUGAAGGAGAAGUUUGUUGGGGUAUUGCCUAUAAGAUAACGAAGAAGGAAGAUCAAGAAGUUGCACUGACGUACCUUGAAGUCAGGGAAAAGCAAUAUGACAAGAAGGCUUAUGUAGAUCUUUUCACUGAGCCUGCAGCAUCAGAACCAGCUGUUUCUGGUGUAUUAGUUGUAUUACUAUGUCUAGACAUAUGACAGACACACAUUAUUCUUCUUUGCAACUGGGAGGGAAAAUAAUUGCUUUUCUAUGUCUAAGUUCCUUCAGAUUUCGUGCAUUCUGGAAAAAUAA